AAAAUUUGAUGGUUGUUGGAUCAUGGAGUUAUAGAAAUAAUAAUAGCUCAAAUUUUGUGAAGAAUUUUUUUUUGGACGGUUUGUUUGGUGUAUAGAGUCGUUGGUAAUUUUGUUCUUCAAAAAAAAGAGCAUAGAAAAUUGAAAAUAUAAAUAAAAGAAAUAAUAAUUAUUAGUAUUUUUCUAUACAAAGUAAGUCUUCAAAAAAAUCAUACAGACAGGUUUAAUGAGUUUUAAUUUUUAGCUUAAAGAUAGGUAUAUUAUGAAUUCAAUAUCUUGAAAAACCCCAAUUCUGAAAAAUCUAUUUAUUUUGAAAACCAAAAAAGUUGCCUAAACAUUGAUUUGAACUUGAAUAAUCAGAAAACCAAAUAAGUUAAAACUUAGAAAAAAAAAUUUUUUUCGGAUUUUUCACAGUGUAUAUUUCAUUUAAAAAGAAAAAAAAAAUACCAUCUACAACUUUGUCAGAGACACUAUACCGGUAAAAUCAACCGUUUCGGCCCUAAAAAUAUUGUUUAUCCUCAAAAAAUGGUGGGCGGGCUUACCCCGCAUGAAAAAAAUCUGCACAUUUUCAAUGAAUUUUAAAAAUUUAAAAAAAAUCUGGAAAAUAAACAAAAAUAUUCCAGUUCUUAUUUUUUAAAUGUGAGUAUUGAAUAGAAGAACCUCUUAGCGAAGAAAAAAUGAAAUUGCAGCCGCAACUUUUUUUUCUAUAAACAGAAUUGCUUAAGGGGGCGGUCUUACCCCGCUUACCCCUAAAUGACUUUUUCCAUAAACAUCGCAGCGCCAUUUCCUACAAAUAUAGGCUGACCGGACGUACCAUUUUGAACGGGACAGUACCGUUUUUUCGACUAUUUUUAACCCUCCCGUCAUUUUGCCAUUUUGUACCGUUUUCGGAGACUCCUUGAAAAAUUAUUGAAAAAGGCUUUGCAUCGAAAUUUUCCUAAAUGGAAAAUAAGUUUCCAAGCAGCCAGGAUUUUUCUAAUAUUACUGAGUACGUGUUGUGCAUUCCUGACAGUACCGCACCGCUGAAAAGGAUAUCUGCUAUCGUGAACUGAUAGAAAAAGUCGCGAUAGAAAGUUAAGACCAUAAUAAUUGUUAGUCAAAAUCUCGAUCAUCCAUGUGACAAAUUUCAGAAACUCAUUGCAAAAAUCAAAACUCUUAAGAGCGGGGGCCUAGUGUGGUUGGUAACGUCUCCGCCAACCACGCUCGACGCCUGGGUUCGAAUCCCACCGCCGACAUAGGUGUCGAUGGUUGUGAGGUGGCGUGAUCCACUCACAACCAACCAAACUGGUCUAGAUUCAAUCCUAGCCGACACCGGGAGAUUUUCUGAGGCGAAAAAUCUCUGGGAUCACGCCUUCCAUCGCAUGAGGAAGUAAAGCCGUUGGCGCCGGUCCGUUAAUAAACGGGUCGUGAGUUAGGGUCCUGGGUGUGGAGUCGCCUCCCUGGGCGUCGGUGAUUGGCCACAACAGAGGCGGAACUAGACCGACGGAAAAUAAGCGAGAAAAUAAAAAUCAAAACUCUUUUGCACUCUUCUAUGAUCUACUACGCUAAAUUUCAUCGAACGCUAAGCAUCGUGCAGGAUCAGGUAGGUUCAUCGAAGCAAUGAAUAAUUGUUUGCAUGCUUUGGUUGGAAAAAUUUUUCAAAGAACAAUUUUAUCAUGUGUCCCGUUUUUUGAACCCAUUUGUCCCGUUUUUAUCCCGCGAAAAACUGGUCAGCCUAUACAAAUAUCAUGCAUCGAUAUAGUUCUAGGAAUCAACUGGACAUCUCUGGAGAACACAAAAAGUGUAAUGGCACCUCACGCUCAACAUUUAAAGAGCAUUUGGUCACACUUGGAAUGAUCUGCUAUCCAGCUUUUUACGCGCCAUAAUGGCGGACACUAUAAUGAAAAAGUCGUAACUAGAGACUGUGUUAUAAAGAGAUACGCAAAGAGAAAAGCAGCAAAAAUGGCAACCCUUUGCUAAUAUUCUAUUUUAAACAGUUCUGGCAACUACAAUUAUUUUCGCAUGACUUUGCAUAUACGCACUAGAAAGUGUAAUGAAAUUUCGAAACAUUGUAAGGAUAUAUUACUGAGUUUCAAUGCUUGUUCAUAUAGUUAUUUAAUUUUCAAUGCAUCACUCAUAAUAUGAGCAUGACGAACACAUUUUAUGUUGGAACCCUAAUUGCACUCACAGAAUUUAUACUGAUUGCAACACACAUUCUGCACGAAAAGUAACACGCAUGAGUUUGUUUACUUUGCACACUUGGAGCCUCGAUUUGACGGUUCACUUGGAGUUUUCGACCUCACUCUUUACGUAUCUGUUUAAAACACCGUUUGUAGUCGUAACAUGUUACCUACCCUUUUGACAACUCUGCUUACAUCAGUUUGACUUUUCAUGUAUUUUGCAAGGAAAACAAUAAAUUUGGGAACAUAAGUGUUGCCAAAACUCCAGAAAUCACUAAACUGACGUAAGCAGAUAGUUUCGCAAAUUACAAACACGCAUUAUAGCACCCGCCAUUAUGGUGCGUGGAAAGCUGGAUAUAAAAUCGUAUGAAAACCUAAAAAAUUGGGCACGAAAAUGCUAUUACACGAAUCGAUCUGGGAAUUUACACAGUUGUAAAAGGACUUAUGAGAAACACCCUACUAAAAGUAUAUGAUGCCACAAUAAAACAUCGCAACUGAGUUUGACAGCUAUUGGUAACUUUGUUUACCUCCAGGCGAUGCAGUUCGGUACGCAACUAUCCAGUUUUUUACGCACCACAAUGGUGGGUGCUAUAAUGUGUGUACGUAAUUUGCAAACCUCUCAGCCUACGUCAGUUUCAUGAUUUCUGGAGUUUUGGCAACACUUAUGUUUCCAGAUUUAUUGUUUUCCUUGCGAAAUACAUGACGAGUCAAACUGACAUAGGCAGAGUUCCCUUACUAACACGCAGAGAAUCCUGAGUAAGAAUCCCUAGGAUACCGAUUAACACGGUGACGGAAUCGUGAAAGGAAUCGCAAACACGAUCCGGUGGAUUCCCACUCACAAUUCUUAUUCAAGAAUCCUGAGGAUCUUUUUUCAGGAAUCCUUUUCAAGGACACUCACGAAUCCAAUGUGAGGAAUCCUAGAGAAUCUAUGCGAAUCGUAUGUGUUCGUCCGGGUUGUCAAAAGGGUGGGUAACAUGUUACGAAUUUUUUAUUAUAGCGUCCGCCAUUAUGGCGCGUAAAAAGCUAGAUAGCAGAUCAUUCCAAUUGUGACGAAAUGCCCUUUAAAUGUCGAGCGUGAGGUGCCAUUACACUAAGAUUCUUAGAACUAUUAUAAAUCGAGCAGCAUGUCCACCCCGCAGACGAUUGUUCUACCAGAAAAAGCUCAAAAUGUAAACAAAGUUACCACUAACUGUCAGAAAAGUGAGGGGCUAGACAACUUUAUUUUCAUGAAAUAUAUUUCGAUAAUAUCACACGAUAUUGGUUGAUAUAUUUUGAUAUUUAUCGUUUAUCUGUCACAUUGACAUCCAUCCAACGAUAAUGUAACGUGAUGAAACGUCAUAGAGCUAUGAUAUAGAGAGAGGGGGGCUUAAAAAUUCAACGAUAAAAACUUUGUAAUCUUUAAUACAGGUCGGAUUCGAUUGUCCGGAGACUCGGUUAUCCGGAAACUCGAUUAUCCGGAAUUUUAGACUCGAUUACCCGGAUUUUUUUUUUUGUCCGUUUUCAAUUUUUAUUUCGUAAUUUUGCCUUUACCAUCCCUUCUGGCAUAUUUGUUACCAUUUAAGUCACUUCCGGCAUGUUUGGGACAUGUUUGAAUUAAAUGAAAAUAAUCAAUGUCCAAUUUAUUUAUUUUGCUUCUCAAGAUUUUACCCCUUUUCGCCUCAGAAAUAACAUUUGGUUACGCCACUGCAUCAUACAAGUAAAAUAAAGAAAAGAAAUAUUUAUUUUAUGUUCGUUAAUCGCAAAAUUUCAGUAGUUUUUGUGUGAUUUGAUUAUCCGAAAAACUCGAUUAUCUGGAAUGAAAAAAUUUUCGAUGUUCCGGAUAAUCGAGUCCGACCUGUAUUGGAAAACUUUCACAUUAUACCAAUAGUGUCUUGCUCCUAGGUAUGAAAUAUUUUUGCUCUGAACUUUUCAAUGUUUAGGGUGUUUUUGUAAACAAUUACCAAUGAAUCUUUCUACGGCGAUUUCUUAAAUAACGCUGUGGUUUUACAACGGUCGGCGUUUUUUUUUUAAUUACUCAUUUUUUACGAUGAUAUUUUAAAAGAUGCGUUUUUGCAGGUUUCGUUUUUGCCUAGUUUUUUUUUGGUGUAAAACAUUAUUUUACUGUAUAAGACAGCUACAUGUUACAAUAAGGUGUUUUACGACAAUUUUCGAAAUAACGAUGCGUAUUUACACUGAUUUUUAAAAUAACGCGGUUACAAUAAUUUUUAGUUUUCUUUAAAAAAAAUUAUAUGGCAGCAACAAACUAUAUUUGCUGAUUCGAUAUUAUUGCGGUGAAAAACACCCUCCCGUAAAUCUGUUGAAACUGUGGACUUAGUAAAACAGUGAAAUUCAGUAUUUUCUAUUCGAAUUCAAUGCUGUUCUACAAAAAUACUUGCUACUGAAAACCGCGAAUAUCAGUUUGAACCCUCUAGGGCCCAAUGCCGCCAUUUGGCGGGCUUCAGUCGAAGUUCUGAAAAGCUUCAUUAAAUACUUAAAAAGUGUUUAUAAUAAUUCAUAGUGAUUUUACCAAAGCCCGUCUAGAAAUUAACUUGGGAACUAGAGGGUUAACAUAAACGUGCUGAAAAUGAAAAUAAUUGUCAGCUCAAGGGACAGUGAUAAUGCUGAUUGGCAGGGUUACUGUAAUUUCGCACAUGCUGUGUUACUUCAGUGAUAUUCAUGCGGUAGAAGAUGUAGAUGCUUAUCUACUUUAUCGGCUUUAUGCAAUGCAGUGACGUAGCCAAGAAGAGGGGGGGGGGCUUCAAGGUUUCAACCCUCCCCCUCAGAGCAUUUGAGCUCGACCUACUAAUUCAAUUUAGCUCUGAGUCUUUUUUCGAAGAGACUUGUCUCUAUGCAAAAUUUUGGCUUAACUUUUUUGGAGAAAACAAAAAUUUCAAGUUGUUUUGAAUGUUGUUUUUGAAAAGAUUGUUGAUUAAACUACGCAACGAAUAAUUUGAAAAGCACGUGCAUUGCACGGUAUGCGGUAUCGUUAAUGAUAGCAGUAGAACACUUCAUCUCAUAAUUUGUUCACUCCUAUUCUCCGUCUUCAAUGUUCUCUUGCCUUCAUUUCUCUGCUUCAAAGCAGGUUAUUGAGAAUGAGUGAUGUGAGUGCGCCAAACUACUGUUUAUCUAAUGCCGUUUUGUAACAUAAUAGUAAUUAAUUUAGGUUACUCCCUGUCUCAUAACCUGCCUCUAUUCUCAUCACUCUCAAAAUUCACAUUUUUAUAUCAAAGUCCUCCCCUAAUGGUUUAGCUCAGAUCAAAUAAUUUUGAUUUCACUGAGAAUUAUCACGGUCAAUAUCAGUUUGAAAAGAGUGAUAAUAAAAUUGCUGUUGUAUCAUUUUUAUUUUGCAGUUCAGAAAAUUCGCUGAACACUGACCACGAGACGAUUAUUAUAAGAAGCGAGAAGUGAGAGGCGUUUGCGAUCACUUGAACAUUUAUGACCCAUCUUGCUGAGCCACCCCUGUUCAUCUUUUUCCAAAAUGUAGCUUGCUUUCGUCAUAAAAUGACAUACGUACUUUUGUUCAUCGGUCUUUAAUUUCGAACGAAAUUUAAUUUAUCAUUGUAUGUUGGCCGAUGUAAAAAAAAUGUGAUUAAACGGGCAAAAGCUUAUGCACAAAAUGCGAAAAUUAGCACGAAUACAAAGAAAAUAAAAAAAAAAUUUCGAAAUAACAACAAAUAUUCACAAAUCGGAAAAAAUCCGCAUUUUACAGACGAAUCUGUAAAUCUGUUAUCCCUGGUUUUUGCCGUCAUUUAGUUGUUGUUGCUUGCAGUUUUUUCUCUCUGAGUUUUCGGUUUGCGAUACGUUAUCGUGACACUCACGAGGUAAUGCAAUCAAAAGAAUUUCAUUGCACCGCUAAAUCGGAUCGGAUUAUUGUAUUACCGAUUGGGGGGAAUCACCGUAAAAAUUUUGGUUGAAGUAACCCCUAAGAUGAUUAAAAGUACCAUGAUAUUUUUCUGGGUGUGCUAAUCUGGGCUAAUCUCUCCACUGAAAUAAUAAGAAGUACCAUGAUAUUUUUCCGAGUGGAUAUGCUUUAGUUCACCCAACGACCUACAGGUAGAAAGUUUUAUAGUGUUUCAUUUAGAUUAUAUACAGCGAAGUCCAACUCGGAUAUCUAUGUUUCUUUAGUCUAUGAUAGAACUUAGUCAGUAAAACAAUUUAACGACCGGUUGGACACUUCGGCAUAAUGAGGAACUGGUUUUUCAGCAAAUUCUCGUCACUAUCAGCUAAUAAUUUGCCAUAAUUGCAGUGUGUUUCUUCUAAAUUGAAAUUCAAAGAAAUUCGUUUAUUCGGAGAACAGUAAUAGCUUCACUUCUGACAGACAAGUAAAUUCGAUAUUUCAACAACAAAUAUUUAACUUAAUAAACCCAUCGAAACACAUCAUGAAGAGGAUCAGUCUUCAAAAAGUUCUUUUCGUUCUGAUCUUAAAUUUCGUACGAUUUAGAAACAAACUAUGUUGCUUGUUUGCUCAAAAUAGAAAACAAAUGGCGGCAGGCACGUUUACACUGUUAACAACAGUGUUGCCGAGGCUCGGCAAUUUACACCAAGAUUUCAGAAAUGUUUUUACUGUUCUCCGGACAAAUUAUGUUUCACUAUAAAUUCGGCAAAAUCGAGAUCUAAGUGGAAUGAUUUGAUGAUUGUCGGUAAAUGACUUUUUUGCACUGAUAUAUCAGUAAAAUUGGAAUUUGCCGAGCUCGAGAACCAGUUUUAAGUGCGUAUGUUAACUUUAUGCAAAAGCUUGAGUCUCAAUCUUCCAAUUCGCACAAAUUUUGAUCGAGUUUUGUUUUUUUUUUUUUUCAUUAAAAAUAUCAGAUAAACCAUGAUUGUAUGCUUCACCAAACGUGCAGUGUAGCUUAGGCACACUGCUCAAAGUCCACACACUGACCAAAAUUUAAUUUUGAUCAUACUAUAAGAGUGCCAAAAAAUUCGUUUGAAUCAUUUUUCUUAUUUCUUAUUUUUACUGCUUUUUACAGCUCCAGCUCAUAAUAACAUUUUGCAAAUGUAUUGAAAAUUGAGCAACAUGUCGAGAAGAACCGAUCCAAACUUAAAAUAUAGCUCAGCAGUAAUAUGAGGAAAUGUAAAUUGAGAUAAAAAUUGAGGUAAACUCAGACUCCCAAUUUUUUACAAGGAGAACUGCGACACAAAUUAUCUACCUUAGGUAGUAAAUAAUGGUUAAUAUAUUUCUUCUGUGUAAAAAAAAGUUUUUAAAACUUGCAUAGUGACAUCUACAUUGAUUCCUAGUCCAAUCGCAUUAUUUUAAUUCUCUCAUCUCAUCUAUAAUAAUUUUUUGAUCCAAUCGACACAAGUCAGAUUCAAUUUAUUUCUGUCUCACUCGAAUUAAUAUUUUCUAAGGUUUGUUAUUGUUAGUUUAAAAUUUCUUUUUUUUCAAUCUCUUGUUGAUUGGUCAAUUAUGCUUCAAAAUAACUUAAUUUAUGUCGCAAUUGGAUGAUUGAAAGAAGAGUUUUACAGUACUUUAAUUUUACACUCAGCGGUUUUACAAACAUUUUCUACGUGGAGUUUUUUUAAUGUUGCCGUCGGUUGCCUUCCGAAUAAUUCCGGCUGCAAUUCACAUAGUUGCAUAUAAAGGUUGUUCGAUCAGUUUAAAGCACUUCGACAGCUCUACCACCCUCAGCUAUGUACAAGUUCGAACUAGUUUAGAAUAAUGCUGCCGCUUCUCAAAAAUGCCAUAUUUUUAAGCCUUUUCCAGUCCCAGUGUGUAUGCCACAAGUUCCGGGAGGUAAGCAAAAACGUACUAAAACUAUCUCCAACUCGCCUGCUAAACAAUUCAUAUGUAACAAAAAAAACUGACGAACGACGGUCUAUACAUGACACAAACUAAUUGCCAUAUGUAUAGGAAUGAAUCUUUUUUGACGAAAACGAUUCUACCAAGAGUUCAACAAUUCUCUGCUAAUAGAUGUCCAUUUGAUUUGCACCAAUUUGCACUGUUCAUCCGUACUAAACGCCCAAAUGGAUCUCCGUUACAGAGAAUUCUGAUGAGAAUUCGUUCGAAUUCGGUUUUUCAAAAGAGACCCAUGCUAAGCUAAGCGCUAUUUAUAACACUAAUAUGUAAGUCGCAAUGUAGAAGAACCACUAGACAAUGAAUGUACAUAGACGCAGAAAGAUGAUUCAAAUACUUUACAACACAAAACAGAGCGCCAUGUCCGACAAAUUACAACAAAAAAAAACAAGUUUCACGUGUCUCUUCUUUAAUUGACUUCGAAAAUCCUGUUCUAAUAAGAAUGGAAUAAACCGCGGCAUGCCCUGUGGGGUCAAAGCCGAAUAUAUUUAAGGUUCUAAGCGAGUUCUUAUCACAUUCGUCCUAUGUCGCUCGACUGAAGAUCACCGCAAUGAAACCGUUUGUGUUGUUCGUAGUCGUGGCCAUUUUCUCUCUAACAGACGGAGCUUUGCUUCAUCUACUGAGCACAGGUUUGGCGUUGAAAGCACACGCACUUAAAGCACACGCAGUCAAAGCACACGCGCUUAAAGCAAAACCCUUGGAAAGUGCCGUUCCGGUUGUAUUUAAGUUUCACGUUGCACCCCCACCACCAUUGAGACCAUAUCCGCCAGCAAACGUACCCCCAAGUCAUUAUGGCCAGCCUUCGACAACACUUCCUCCUCCGCCACCGACUACAACUCUUCCUCCUCCGCCGCCACCACCACCAACAACUACCCCCCUUCCACCUGUGACGACCACCCCGGUACCACCGCCGUUAACAACUGUCUACGAACCUCCGCCAACCUAUGGCCCACCUCAUGCUGUGUACGGACCACCCCAACCGGCUGUUACUGAACCACAAACGGCGUAUGUUGAACCUACCCAGGAACCGCCCCACAAUCCCGAGGAUUGUCCCUUGACGGUGCUACAAGACAAUCUGUACAAUUUGAAAAACACCUAUGGUCAAAACCCAACCAGCUCGCUAGUUGUAUAUCCUGCCGUCCAACCGAACACUGAUCCUGCAAACCAGGAAAAUCUUUGGUGGCAAACAGUAAUCGAUACGCCAUCUUCGCCAUCAACCGGAGUGCAAGACCCUACAGCUCAACAAGAUGUAGUUGUUCAACCCGCCGGUUCGACGGGAACCGGUCUUCCCAGUUCAUAUCCAGUCGGUCCUAACCGGCCUGCCGUAGAAGACCCCAGCCUUUCAACAUCUGAUCCAGCGAACCAGGGGAAUCUAUGGCGGCAAACAGCUCAACCCGCCGGACCGACAGAAACCGAUCAGUCUGGUUCGUAUCCAGCUGGACCUAACGUGCCAGCGUCGGAAGACCCCAGUCAUUCAACAUAUGAUCCUGCGAACCAAGGAAAUCUUUGGUGGCAAACAGGUCAACAAAAUGGAGCCGUUCAACCCGCCGGGCCUACAGGAACCGGUCUUUCCGGUUCGUAUCCAGCCGGACCUAAUGGGCCAGCGUCAGAAGACCCCAGUCUUUCAACAUCUGAUCCUACGAACGGGGGAAAUCUUUGGUGGCAAACAGGUCAACCCGCCGGACCGACAGAAACCGAUCAGUCCGGUUCGUAUCCAGCCGGACCUAACGUGCCUGCUGGAGAAGACCCCAAUCUGUCAACAUCUGGUCCUGCGAACGAAGGAAAUCUUAGGUGGCAAACAGUAAUCGAUAUGCCAUCUUCGCCAUCAGCCAGAGUGGAAGACCCAACAGCACAACAAAACGUAGGAGUUCAGCCUGUCGUACCGGCAGAAACCGAUCUGUCCGCUCCGUAUCCGGCAGGACUCAACGUACCGACCGCAGAAGGUCCCAAUAACUUCGUUGACUUCAAUCAGAUUGGAGCAAGCUGGAACCAACCGAACAGGCCAGCGGUUCCCGCAGAACAGUACGAACCAGCGUAUUGAUUAUUCAGUGACUGUGAAAUGUUUCUUUCGAUGAUAAUAAAUCAUGAAAGAUGAUGAUAUGUACAAUAAUAUAAUUUAUUACCAUUGUG